CCUAACUCCAAGGUAUUGGCUAAACUGAAGCUUGGUAGGACGAAGACAACCGCUAUUGUUGGUGGAGUGUUAGCAGAAGAGCAACAUGACGAACUGGUGAGCAAAAUGAAGGAGCGUAGUUUCUCUUUGAUCGUGGAUGAAUCUACGGAUAUCAAAGCCACAAAAACGUUGGCAAUGGUGGUAAGGAUUUGCAACGUGGGCGAAAAAGGUGACUGUGAAGUACGUGAUGUGUUUUACGCAGCCGUAUCGCUUGGAGCUGCUGAUCACAAAACUAUUUACAACGCUAUCAUUGAACAAUUCCGUAAGGACGGCAUUCCUUACAAGAAUCGAUUAAAAGGUUUUGCGUCUGAUGGUGCAGCUGUGAUGAUGGGUGGGUCAAACUCUGUGCUGCGGCUGCUGAAAAUCGAUUGUCCUGAUUUAGUAAUCAUCAAAUGCACUUGUCAUUCGCUAGCGCUAUGUGCUAGCUACGCCUGCGGAAAAAUUCCUGACUAUCUCGAGCAGCUUCUAAGGGAUAUAUACAGCUAUGUAUCAAACAGUCCGAAAAGAGCAAGCGAGUUCGAUAUGAUUCAGGAAAUAUUAGAACUAAAACCUCUCAAAAUGCUCCAUCCAUCUGUCACUCGAUGGUUAUCCUUGGAGGCAGUAGUCAAAAGAUGUCUUGUCAGAUUCUCCGAGUUGAUUCUGUUUUUUAAUGUUCAAUACAAUAUUGAUAAGAAUCAAACCGCUAGCAGGAUACUAUCUUAUUUACAAGAUGCAAUGACUAAGCCUCUCUUGCUUUUUUUGGAGUAUAUUUUGCCACAAAUUAACAGACUGAACCGCAUGUUCCAGUCAGAAAAACCUGAAUUCACGAUGAUGCACAACGAAUUGAAAGAGUUUUAUUUGACGAUUCUUACUAAUAUAUGUGAGGAAUCGUACGUUAAAUCGUUGUCUCAAGCCAAUUUUAAAGAUUUUGAAAAGCAUCUCAAGGUUGGGAAAUAUAUAUGUUGGAAUGGCAGCCGGAAAAGCGAUUGAGUUUGUUGAUGGCGAAAAGCAACAGAUUUUCUGGAACAUAUGUCGUAGUUUUUUCAUAGAGCUGGUUAAGCAAAUCCGAAAGCGUUUCGAUUUCAAUGAUCCGAUUCUUCAGGCAGCUGCUUGGUUGAAUCCAACACAAUUUUCUAGUUUACCAAGCGUCAGCGUGAUUUUGGAGGCAUUCCCAGGAUUUUACGAUGGAGACUUUCAAGAGUUAGAAAAUGAAUUUCGUACCUUAAAAGUUAAGCUACUUUGCAAUGAAAUUGCAGUUUCAGAAAACGAACACGUGCAAGAUUGGUGGACAAAGAUAACUAGCAUGAAAAAAAUUAACGGUUCCUUUGCGUUUCCAGCACUUCGAUGUAUCGUUUUUAACAUUCUCACGAUCCCUCACUCUUCAGCUACCGUGGAACAGAUUUUUUCACAAUAUAACAACAAUAAAACAAAACUUCGGAAUCGACUUAAUAACGACACGAUGAAUUCAAUCUUAAAAAGUAAAAAUUGAAUUAAUCAACGUGGCGUCAGCUCAAAAAUGGUUUUAACUGAAAGUUUACACUCAAAAUUUACAAAAACUAUGUACAAACAUCAUCAAACG